AUGACGUCACAGGACCUGAGGAGGAGCCCCCGGGCUGACACCUGCAGCAGAAGACCGCCUCAGCGCCCGGUCCCACGGCUCCACGCGAGAGAGGCCUGCUCUUCCUCCGGCAAAUCUUACAGCUUCGCCUACCUUAAGCGAGUGACUUUAAAGAUUCAAAGGCCACGACACCUGAAUCAGCCAUUGCUAAAUUAUGACAGAAGAAGAAAUCACGCACAGACAUACAAACCAGGACGCGAGCUCCGGUGGAUAGGAUGGGAGCUCCUCUGUUUUCUGAUCGCAGACAUCAAAGUAACAUCGUGCUCCACACCUCCAAACGCAGCUGACAAAGCGGAGCCUCGUCCUCGGAGUCCUCAGGGUCCCCGCGCUGCGUCGGCCGGUAUCAGAAACAGCACGGAGGCAAACGCAGAUCUCUCAGCUGCAGGACAAGGGACCGGGACUAGGAACCUAUCUGCAGAUUCUACGGGAUCAUUUGUGCAGAAACGCUCUAAGAAAAAUAUAAUGACACGCAGAAUAAUCUUGUGUGUCCUAAAUCAUUGCGAUGAGAUCCAAGAGUGCCCAAGUGCGAGAAAAGAAAUAAUUCAAGUAAGACAUUUAUCCAGGGAGGACGCCUCCUCAGCUGCUCCGAGUCCCCGGGGCUGUGCUGAUGGUAGGGAUGCCGACGCUACCGAGGAGCGGAUAGCAGAAACGGAGAGAAACCACGAGGAGCAGUUCGAGUGCCAGGAACUGCUCGAGUGCCAGGUGCAGUUGGGAGCUCCAGAGGAGGAGGAGGAUGCGGGCCUUGUGGCCGAGGCCGAGGCUGUGGCUGCCGGCUGGAUGCUCGAUUUCCUCUGCCUCUCUCUUUGCCGAGCUUUCCGCGACGGCCGCUCCAAGGACUUUCGCCAGACCCGCGACAGCGCCGAGGCAAUUAUUCAUGGACUAUCCAGUCUAACAGCUUAUCAGUUGAGAACUGUAUAUAUAUGUCAGUUUUUGACAAGAAUUGCAGCAGGAAAAAACCUUGAUGCACAGUUUGAAAAUGAUGAACGAAUUACACCCUUGGAAUCAGCCCUGAUGAUCUGGGGUUCGAUUGCAAAGGAACAUGACAAACUUCACGAAGAAAUACAGAAUUUAAUUGAAGUUCAGGCUAUAGCUGUUUCUAUGGAAAACGGGAACUUUAAGGAAGCAAAAGAAGUCUUUGAAAGAAUAUUUGGUGACCCAAAUUCUUACGCGCCUUUAAAAAGGAAAUUGCUUAUGAUAAUCUCUCAGAAAGAUACAUACCAUUCUGUUUUUCAACACUUCAGUUACAACCACAUGAUGGAGAAAAUCAAGAGUUAUGUGAAUUAUGUGCUAAGUGAAAAAUCAUCAACCUUUCUAAUGAAGGCAGCAGCAAAAGUAGUAGAAAGUAAAAGAGCAAGAACACUAACUUCUCAAGAUAAACCUAAUGGUAAUGAUGUUGAAAUGGAAACUGAAGCUAAUUUGGAUACAAGAAAAAGUGUUAGUGACAAACAGUCUGCGGUAACUGAAUCCUCAGAAGGUACAGUAUCCUUAUUGAGGUCUCACAAGAAUCUUUUCUUAUCUAAGUUGAAGCAUGGAACCCAGCAACAAGACCUUAGUAAAGAAAGAAGAGUAGGAACUCUUCAAAGUGCAAAAAAGAAAAAAGAAAGCAGAAGAGCCACUGAAAGUAGAAUACCUGUUUCAGAAAGUCAACCGGUGACUCCUAAAAAACAUCGAGCUAGAAAAAGACAGGCAUGGCUUUGGGAAGACAAGAAUUUGAGAUCUGGCGUGAGGAAAUUUGGAGAGGGAAACUGGUCUAAAAUACUGUUGCAUUGUAAAUUCAACAACCGGACAAGUGUCAUGUUAAAAGACAGAUGGAGGACCAUGAAGAAACUAAAACUCAUUUGCUCAGACAGUGAAGACUGAUUGCGUUUCUAAAAGCUUGAUGAAAGGACAGUUAAGUACAUGUAGAUCACUACAUUUUGUUUGAAACUUGCAUCAUUGAUGUAUUUUAAAACUUUUGUUUAAAGCAUUACAGUAUUUUUCUGUGACCAUCGAUAUAAGGGUUUGUGCUCUAAGAAUUAAAGUAUAUGCUAUCAUUGUGUUCUUUAAGAACCUUUUGAUAAACUGUAAAUUUGUUGAACCCUGCCACAUUUAGUAUCCCCACCUCCAAAUCCUAUUCCAGUGAAAAAAUUAAAAGCUGAUCUGAAAAAA